UUUACGACCCCCAUUCCCAAUACAAUCACUCAACGUACUCCCCACACUCGUUCUUUAACGUUCGCUAUUAUUAACUCGCAAUCAUGCAAUUCUCAUCUUUAGCCGCCAUCUUUGUCUUUGCUGCAGCAGCAAGUGCAGCAUCUUCCCCUCAAACUUCAGCAGUUGCUCUUCCUCAAUCGGCUGUCGCUUAUAUUCAAGAAAAAACUGGUAUUGAUUUGAACAAUGUCAGUGACAAACGUAACUUGAAAACUGCACCACUUAGAAUGGACACCGUACAAAAACGUCAACAAGGUGCAUCAGGUGAUGUGGUAAACGUAAACGGAAAUUGCAGUCAAGGAAAAGUGCAAUGCUGUGACACAAUCAUGAGCGGACAACAAGCAAAGACCAUCUCCAGUCUUUUGGAUUUAGACUCUUUGGCCAGUAACAUUGGCAUUAACUGUGUUCAAUUGCCUGUCAACGUUAUCGGUGUCUCAGGAGCCAUCUCCAACCAAUGCAAGAGCACUCCCGUUUGUUGCCAAAAUGUUACACAAAACGGAUUGAUCAACUUGGGUUGCAACGCUUUGCCGAUCAACUAAAAAAAAGUUAUUUCAUCCUUUUAUGUUUUGUCUAUGUAUCUACUCUUUCCUCUUUAAUUGAAUCGCGCUCUUCAG